CGGCUGUGCGCCUGCGCGGUGGCUGCUCGCGAGCGGUGACAGUUGGAAGCGGCCGCACAGCGCGGGACGGGGCGGAGGGGCAGCGGUUGAAUCAUGACCGACACAAAUGUAUCUCCAUUGAAGCACUUUGUUCAAGCGAAAAAGAAGAUUAAUGCAAUCUUUGAACAGCUGCUGGCAUAUGUUACUGAAGGUGCAGGCUUUAUUGAAGAAUCUCAUCAAAAUAAAGGACCAGAUCAGAUAGCAACUGAAGAGCAGUUGGAAAAGUUAAAAACAUUUGCUUCUAAAGUGGGUGGAAUCAGUGAGGUGCUGGCACGGCGACACAUGAAAGUGGCAUUUUUUGGAAGAACAAGCAAUGGGAAGAGCACUGUAAUCAAUGCAAUGCUAUGGGAUAAAGUAUUACCCAGUGGAAUUGGACACACAACCAACUGUUUCCUCAGUGUUGAAGGAACAGAUGGGGAUAAAGCCUAUCUGAUGACUGAAGAUUCUGAGGAAAAAAAGAGCGUGAAGACUGUGAACCAGCUGGCACAUGCUCUGCAUCAGAAUGAAUAUUUGGAUGCUGGAUGUCUUGUUCGUGUUUUCUGGCCCAAAUCAAAAUGUGUUAUACUCCGAGAUGACUUGGUGUUGAUGGAUAGCCCUGGUACCGAUGUCACAACUGAACUGGACACCUGGAUUGACAAGUUCUGUCUGGAUGCUGAUGUCUUUGUGCUAGUGGCAAAUUCUGAAUCCACGCUCAUGCAAACUGAGAAACAGUUUUUCCAUAAAGUUAAUGCACGCCUUUCAAAGCCCAACAUUUUCAUUCUGAAUAAUCGCUGGGAUGCCUCUGCUUCUGAGCCAGAAUACAUGGAUGAGGUGCGCCAGCAGCAUACUGACCGCUGUAUCGGUUUUCUCGUGGAUGAGCUUCGAGUAAUGGAUCGGCGGCAAGCUGGGAAUCGCAUCUUUUUUAUUUCAGCCAAGGAGGUUCUGAAUGCACGAGUUCAUAAAGCACAAGGGAUGCCAGAAGGUGGUGGUGCAUUAGCAGAUGGGUUCCAGGACAGACUUGUUGAAUUUCAGAAUUUUGAGCGGCGGUUUGAGGAGUGUAUCUCGCAGUCAGCAGUGAAAACAAAAUUUGAGCAGCACACAAUCACAGCUAAACAGAUCAUAGACACUGUGAAAAACAUCAUGGACUCGAUCAACGUGGUUGCAGCAGAUAAAAGAGUGUGUUCCUUGGAGGAGCGAGAGGACUACAAAGACCGACUGGAGUUUGUGAAAAACCAACUGAUUCUACUAACUGAAGAAUGCAAGAAGAAGAUAAAGCUGGUGGCAUCAGAGGUACAAGAUAAGGUUUCCAAUGCAAUGACUGAUGAAAUUUGCCGCCUUUCUGUAUUAGUUGAUGAAUUUCACGCUGAUUUUCAUUCUUCUCCACAAGUCUUGAAGCUUUAUCGAAGUGAUUUGCACAAGCACAUUGAGGAAAGACUAGGCAAGAACCUGGCUGGUCGGUGCUCCAGUGCAGUCAGUGCCUCCCUGCAGACGGCACAGCUUCAAAUGAUAGACAAUCUCAAGCCUUUACUUUCUUCAGAAACUCAGAGUCAGAACAAUAUAUUUCUACCAUACCGAAGGUUUGAUCUUAGUUAUGAUCUGAAUUGUGAUCAGAUAUGUGCAGAUUUCCAGGAAAAUGUUGAAUUUCAUUUCUCACUCGGUUGGGCAUCGCUGGUCAAUCGUUUUCUCGGUCCAAAGAAUGCUCGCGUGGCCCUGCUGGGAUUAGAUGAGCCAAGUUUUCAGAUUCCUCGACCUCUAUCCACUCCAACUGCAACUAAUGUACCUCUGCUUGCUCGGGAAAACAUUGCACAGGAAGAGCUAAUGAUAUCCCUAGUUACUGGGUUAGCUUCUUUGACAUCACGAACUUCAAUGGGCUUUCUCGUUGUUGGAGGAGUGAUUUUCAGAACUGUGGGCUGGAGACUUGUAGCUAUUGCUGUAAGUCUUUACGGUCUGUUGUACGCAUAUGAACGUUUGACAUGGACAACUAAGGCCAAGGAGAGAGCGUUUAAGCGUCAGUUUGUGGAUUACGCUACGGAGAAACUGCAAAUGGUUGUUAGUUUUACAAGUGCAAAUUGUAGUCAUCAAGUCCAGCAAGAAUUGGCUAGUACCUUUGCUAGGCUAUGCCAGGAGGUCGAUUGCACUCAGAAAAAAUUGGAAGAAGAUAUCACCAGCCUCAGCACAAAGAUUGAAUUCUUAGAGUCACUACAAAAACGAUCAAAACUAUUGAGAAAUAAAGCAACGUGGCUAGAAAGUGAAAUGGACCUCUUUACAAAACAGUACCUCGAGCAGAGCCAGUAACAAACUGAGCAUAUAUAUAUAUAUAUGACCUAAAGCAGCUCUUUCAAUGAUUGUCAUCAAUUUUGUGGUACAUUAUCGGUUGCUAUAGUACUGUAUGAAAAAUACAAACCUCUAGUAGCCUUUGUACAGUUCUUUUCUAGAAUCCUAUUUAGAAAUUUGACCCGAUGUGGGUAAAGAUGGUCAUGGCGAUUUAUCAACACUAACCAAACCUUUUCUAAAGAGAUCACUGCUGAUCUUUGAUUUUCAUGCAACCAGUCAGGGAACUGUACAAAAUUCCAUUGCAUUUUGCUUAUCUCUGAUUCCCCCCCCCCCACUCCUCCAACAAAUGAACCUAUGAAUGACAUAGUCUGUGCACUUUGAUCUGCUGAGUGAUUUGUGUGGAUAACUCAACAGUAUCAUGAAACCUGAAAAAUUGCUAGAAAUUUGUACAAAUAUCAAAAUAUGAUCAAUAUAAAAUGUUGAAUUUGACAAUCAUUUCAGUCGUUAGGAUCUAUUUCCUUGCCUUUUUUUAAGCAUAAGUCGUAUAUUACAUCUCAAUCCUACCAGGUAUGUCACAUUCAGUAUUCAGAUAGAGAAACCAGAAGAGAUUUAUAACAUGCAUGUUAUGUGGAUACAAUGUGUAUUUGAGGGAAACUAACCCUAAAUUCAAAGUAACUGAUGGUCAAAAAGGUAAAUUUAAAAUCACUUUCUGAACAAAUUCUAUACUGCCCCCCCCCAAAAAAAAAUCCUGCAUCAGAAUAUUUAUUAUUUUUGUCAGGGAGGUACUUGUGUUGGUAUAAACCACUGAUCCUAUGCUUGUGGUCAAGGUUGAUACUGGGGAAAGCAAAGCAAAAUAAAUCCAGUCUAAUUGGCUAUUACCAGUUAUAAAAACAUGCAACAUUUACUGAACCGUUGUUUCAUCAGGUACUUAAUGCCAAAAAUGGGAAAGUAUUUGUGAAUUAGUCAAACUAAGUUGAUGCGUUUCAUGCAAAGUGUGAGAGACCUAAGGAAUAUUCUGUUUUGCUUUUGGUCGGGGGUGUUAAACAAUGAUGAUCAAGUAACUGCUUGGUCCAAUAUCAACCCUGACAAUCUACUUCCACCUAACAAUCUACUUGUAGUUCCAAGCUGGCACAAUGAUGGGUAAUUGUGUAAUUAAUACAGUGGUCAUUGCUUUAUUUACAAUUCAGACAAGGUUUGAAUUGGUAUAAUUUGCAGUUCUAUUGUAAGUGGGUUGGAGAAAAUUCUUUAAAUGAAGGGAUUUUGAACUUGCUCAAAUCUUGUAUAGAAUGUUUAGAUGUAAAUACCAAAAUUUGAAUAUUUCUUAAGCAUUUAUAUUUUGACUUUAACCCUCAAGUUAAUCACUUUAAACAUUGUAAGUAAAGGUCUAUGGAAAGGGCUUUAAUCUAUUUUGUACAUUAGAGGUUUUAACUGGUGCAUGAUUUUUGUAAAACAACUUAAAUUUUUCUCCAUUUCUUGUUCUGGAAGGAUCAAAAAUGGCAUAUGAAAGAAUUGCUGAAGUAUUUUCUUUGGUUGUACAUCUGCUGUAUAAUUUGGUAAUAAAUUUCAAAUGUAGC